CUCAGAGGAAAUGUCGCGGUCCGGCUCCCUAUCCCGUUCAAAGAGAGCAAAAUACCGCGGCGCGCGGGUUUAAUUGGCGGCCCAAUGGGAGCACCUCAGCCCAACUGCGCUCUCAAAUCCCACAGAGCUCAUCUGACAGAUGGACGCAUAAUCAGUCUGUUGCAGUUGUUCCCCUUUGGCGUGUUGGUCCCGUCUUCGUUUGCUCCCACGAAUGAAAUUUUGACUUUUCGCUCGGCAAAGUGGUGAUCAGGUCGUCGAGAUGAGCAGCGAGCAGCAGGAGUCUAUCUUGGCCGCCCCAGCGAGCACCGCUCGGGGGCCAAGGCGGGCGGCCGGCAAGAGCAAUUUCUGGGGUUAUCGCGCCACUGUCGACGCAAACGCCAACGAGACGCUGUUUUACACGCACUGUGCCUCCGCCAGCCAGACGCUCCGCAUGACCACAGACAAAGGAAAGAAGGCGAUGUCGAGGAAACCCAACGUCUUUCGGGUGGUCUUCGCCGAGUUUUUGGCCACCGCGCUGCUCGUUGGAGUCGGCUGCGCCUCCUGCACUGCUGCCCUCUCGCACAAAGACGCGCUCCAAUCGCCCGUCAUAACGUCUCUAUCGUUUGGUCUAGUCGUCGGCAUCCUCGUCCAGAUCUUUGGACACAUAAGUGGAGCCCACCUGAAUCCGGCUGUUACUGUUUGCGCCGUCAUUUUAAAGGAAAUCCCUCUGAAAUGGAUGUUCGCCUACAUUCUGUCGCAAAUCUUCGGCGGCAUCGCUGGAUACGCAAUCCUUAUGUUGAUAACGCCUGCAGCCAUCAUUCGCGAAGACUCGCAUCAGGAUUUCGGCUUCUGCACCACGGUUCCCAACCUGGAGCUCUCUACUUUUUCCGCCUUCUGCACGGAGUUUGUGGCAACAUCUAUGCUCAUUCUGCUCGUCUGCUCUUCGUGGGACGCGAGGAACCCCAACAGCCAGAACCUACCCACGCAAUUUGCUUUGGGCAUCACCGCACUAGGAAUUGUUUUUGGUUCCCGAACCGGUCCGAGCAUGAAUCCAGCUAGGACAUUCGGCCCCGCCGUUUGGAACGGCGUGUGGACCAAACAUUGGAUUUAUUGGAUAGGACCGGUGUUUGCGGCCGUGCUGGUCACAACGAUAUACAAGUCGAUCUUCGGCUUCAGAAACAACUUAAGAGCAGAUGAGGAAGAGGAUGCGAACGAGAUGCAAGUGCUGGGCGUCGCGAACCCCAACAUGCCAGCUUAGUAGACCCUCGCUGUAUGUGCGUGUUGCGUAUCAUUCGCCCCCGAGUGCCGUUAUUUUGGCAGCAAGUUGGCGGGAAUUCGUGUCAAGGCCAUUGAUUUUUCCUGCAGCGCACGUUUAUGAAUGAGGAUUGAUUUUAAUAUUACUGCCAAAAUGAGAACGACAAGGCCAAAUGUACCUAAAUUUUUGCUUCUGGAGAAGAAAUUACUUUUCAUCUCAAUUUAGUUUGUUUUAUACUGAAUGCGUGCGGAUUUAAUUCUGGUUCUCUUUUGAGGAUUGAUCUGACAUCUGACACAGUCAUUUGCAAAAUUUAGGAAAACUUUAAACCAUUGCUUCUAGAAAUUAAUUCAAUUAAUGUUUGUUUAUUGUUCAUGUAUGGAAACAAUUUCAGUCAAGGAAUAUCACCAAUUAAAAUAUCAUGAACAAAAGGCAAAAUAUGACAAGCACAAACUAAAUAAACGCGCGUAACAAAAUGAGUCAAAGUGUUGUUCUUUACAUUUUAAAAACAGUCUAAAUCUAAAAUUGUGUGAAGCUUACCUGGUAAAAUAAUCUCCCUAUAAAUUAUCAGCACCGAAUAUUUUUCUUGAAAUUAUGUCUUAAAAAUUUCAUUUAUUUGCUCUCCAGUUUUUUUAUAGAAAAAAUUUAUUUCUUUAAGGAAAACAUGAUUAAAGAACACAGCAUUCCAUUACUAACUAUUCCUCUCACUAUACUGAAUGCAAAAAUGGCUAAUUAAAUUUAAAUUUUAUUAUCAACCGUUCAAAAUUAAACCCCAUCUUCUUGAAUACCAAAAUGUUCAUAAUUUUGUCACUGACGCAAAUGAUUCAUACAUUACAUGAAAUCAAAGUUACCAUUAUAUAUCUUAAUUAGUUUUUAAAUUUUGUUAAAACUGUUUUGUAUGUAAAAGGUUCUGAAAUUAAAUUUCUCAACAGCAGCAAAACAAAAAGUCAGCAAAAUGAAUAUUAAAUUGACUCCCUUGGUCCGUUGCGUUUUUCAGCAUUAAUUAGUACACUUUUUUAAUUCGGAUUUUUUUUUAAUAAUAAUCAUUUCCAAAUUUUUCAAAAUAAUCAAUUGUCAUGAGAAUUAAAUUUUUUUUUAAAGCUCUCACCCUGACACCAAUUAAACUUUUAAAUAAUCUCUGUUUCACUUUCAUAAUUUCGUAAGGCCUGAAUUUGGUUUUUGUUUUGAAAUCAAAACUUAACAACGCUCAAACGUUUCUUUUUAUCAAAAUGGUAUCAGCCGAGAAGACUUCAUGGCCAUUAAAAAUUCCAAGUUGCGUAUAACUGAAGUUUUUGCUCCAAUUUCCAUUUAGCCAAACGCUUCUCAUGAAAAAACCAGAACAUCCCCUUCUCGUGCUGUGAAAAUAUGUUUUUAUUAAUAAUAAACAUCAAAACCUAAAAAAGCUCCCUUUGCUGUUGCUAGUCGAGACGCGCGCGUGACGAGGAAUUCAAACAAAAAUGUGUCCGUUUUGUUAAUUUUGUAAAUGCAGACCUUGUGCGGUCGACCUUAGAAAUAAAAAUGAGAAGCCGCGCAGCGGUGCAAACGUAA